AUGAGCUCUACGUCGUCGUACACCCAAAAGGUUGAGAUGGCAUUUGAAUAUCACGACCCGAACGCCGGAAAUAGUACCGAGACUUGGACUCCACUAGUCAACGAACUCGUAACUCCCACGAGAAACUCGGGGCAGGGUGAAGCUUUGCUCAAUUCUCACACCAACGUGCCCGGGUCGACUGAGCCGGCUCAGUCAACUGACAUCUCCAACAGAGUUUCCCCGACUGCGCGAGCGCUCAGUGCACUUCUCCCGGACUUUGAGGUAGCCAGUCUCUUGAUCGACACGUACUUUGACCGCGUACAUUGGUUCAUGCUUGUCUUCUUCCAAAACGAUUUCCGACGGCGAUUCAGAGAUUUAUACAACGGUCAGAAGCGCCCAACUGCACAUGCUACCGAUGCAUUUCUCGCUCUGGUAUCGACAGUCGCUGCAAUCGGAUCCCAGUACGUUGGAGCUCACCGCCGUGGUCUACUGGAGACAUACGGAGUUGAUCCCGAUAACCUGAGGCGCGAAAUGUUCGCUACUCUGAAGAAUAAUCUGCUUGACAUUGUGUCUUCAGGCUCGCUGGAAGCGGCACAAACAUGUGUACUCAUGGGCAGCUAUUACUUAUACCAGGGUCAGCGAGGGCUAGCCUGGCCAAUCUGCGGCUGCGCUCUACGCGUUGCCCUAGCUUUGAAUCUUCAUCGCGCGCGCAGCAAUCUUUCACCCGACACUGCAGAGGCCAAUGAGAGCAAGAAACGGUGCUGGUGGGCCAUCUACGAGGUUGAAACAUUUUGCUGCAUGUUGUAUGGGUAUCCCUCAAGCACAUCAGAUGAUGACUGCGACGUAGCCCGCCUUGAUCCUCACCACCGGUACAGGCAGACGGAGCCCCCGACCUCCCAGGACGACAGCAGGGCCACUCUCCUUUCAUAUAAAUACUUCAUGUCAGAGCUAUCCACGCUUACUCAGUACACUCUGAGGGAGCUUUACAACGCUCGUUCCAAGUCACAAGGCGGUACCAAGCCUACCAAAGAGAAUUUGCAACGACAGAUUCGAAAGGUCACCGAGAUCGAUGCCCGGCUACUGCAAUGGAAAGAGUUUGCCGGCAAAAUUCAUAUCAAGGCAACUGGCCCUCAGUUUGAAGACCACAUAUGCCAACUCCAGGCUCUUGCCCUGAAACUCGCCUAUGAGAACCUACGGAUCCUAGUUCACAGACCUCUGCUUCUGUACCAGAUGGUAUCACCGCGGGCUGAUCCAUUUCAGUAUUCGAUCGGUGUCUGUCGAGAAGCUGCUCUGGAGAUAUCCGAGACAGCAGACAUGCCGGUAUUCUCUCAAGCGACUGGCACCUAUGCCGUGUCCUUUGUGAGCAUGCAUCUCUUCACUGCCGGUGUAACACUGAGCAUAAUGGCCACUUUGGAUCCUCUAAGCACACAGUCGCAUCAUGCAAAGGCCGGUCUCCGCAGGCUCAUGGGUAUGCAAGCGAACUUCAAGGCGGCAUCCACGGUCGCCGCACAAGGACUGGAGUUAUUACAGCGGCUCACGAAACUUUUGAUGGAAAAAGAGCUACGUUUCAUGCUUUCGACGCCCACGAGGCAAGCAACCCCGGCUCAGGAACCAAGUACCAACCGCGUGACACGGCCGGUUGAGAGUGUAGCGCCCGUGGCUCCCACAAUCAUUCCACCUAGCCAUCAAGCUGUGGAGUUUGCGCCCACAAAUGGAAUGUCCGGGGUCGUUCUCACAGAACCUACCACAUCGCCAGAAUGGGAAUUCCGACAGGACCCCGUUAUGACCGAAGCAUUCAUGGACUUUGAAAAUAUGAUGUUGUCUUAUUCCGAACAGGGACUAGACGGAGCGCAGGGUGCGCUACCGGCGAGCAAUGAGUAUGGUUUCACAGAAACAGAGCAAGCAUGGUUAUGGGAUUUGAAUCUAGCAUGA